UUUCUGGCAGCCUAUUCAGAUGGUCACUCCUCUUCUACACUGCGGUUUUACCUCCUAAGGUACUCACAUUCUGGUUGAUUAUCAGUACUAGCACUUUCGCCAAAUUUGAUCUCAAUCCCUCCACACUACGAUGAGUACGGGAGACCUGUCACCGUCGGCCAAUCAGAGUCAUACACCGCCAACAGAAUUCGCCCAUACGCCCCUGGACUAUUGCGCGCCUUCCAUUCGUCUACUUCGCAUACAAGCCUCAAAAUCAUCAGACGGCUUCAUCCAAUGCCAAAUGCGGCAUGCAUCAACAACAAGCAUUUACUUCUGCCUGUCCUACGUGUGGGGCGCCGAUGAUAGCUGCCAAUGGAUUCUCGUGAACGGUCAGCGGUUUCGCAUCCGACAGAACCUGUACAACUUCUUGGAAGAGGCAGUGCAGCAGCCGCAAUUACAACCUCAUUGGUUCUGGAUCGAUGCUAUCUGCAUAGAUCAGAUCAACUCUGACGAGAGGAACCAUCAGGUCAAUCAGAUGGGUGCAAUCUUUGCAGGAGCAGUACAGGUCGUAGCUUGGCUUGGUACAGAAAAGCAGAUCGUCACCUUCCUAGAGACCUCAAGAACUCUGAAAAAGAAAGCCGAGAUUAGACGAAAGGAAUUGAAAAAACGGAUGCAAAGAGCAGGAGUUACAGAAGAAAACAUGGGUGCGAUCCUUAGCGCUUCAGACAAAAAAAGUUACCGCAAAGAUAGAGGAAUUGUGGAAACCAAUAUUGAUGGAUUCCGCCAUUUCUGUUACGCUGAUUAUUGGGAUCGAGCCUGGAUAACUCAGGAAGUCGCGCUUGCCCGCCACAUCACAUUCAUGGCCGGGAAGGCAAGCCUGGUAGCAAAGUCAAUCUCUUUCGAGUAUCAGCAAUUCUGCCAACUGCGGGUCGCCGCACUAGACCCGCGCACAACACAAGAGCUUCGAGGUAGGAGCCUAAUAUACCUGAUGGAUCGAUUCAAGUCCAGGAAAUCAGGCAUCGCACGUGAUCGCGUCUUCUCGCUGCUGUCAUUAUGUGGCGAGGGCUCAGAUGUGCUUGUGGAUUAUAACGCGACAGAUUUACAGGUCGCCGAAAACAUUCUGAACUGCUGUAAACGCUCGUUCUGCCUAUGUUCCAUAGGCAUAGUUGCGUUUGUGUUGCGCGUCCAAACUCAACUUACGACCUCGCAAUACGUUCUCAGAUCGCCAUUGGACUUCGCGCGAAUAACCCUUCCAGUGACAAUGGAUUUGACGGAAUUUGGCGAAGAUUCGGCAACGCGACCUGUUUUACAUAAGCCUAGUCGGUUUUAUGGCUCAACGAUGACACUCGAUGUUCGCUCUCUUUGCCCCUUGUACCAUGGACGGAUUGAAUUGUCCUCUGGUUGGAUGCGGACCAAUUUCUCAAUUCACUACGCUAAUGGGUUUUGUUAUGCUGAAGGGAAAUGGAGUUUGUCCGUACCUGAACGAUGUCACAUUGAUCUCUCAUCUGACCAGCAGUCCUGCACCGCAACAUUUUCUUUAGAGUUUCUGUAUGAGAUCGUCCAGUGCAAUCGAUCACUGAAGCCGUGCUGUGAGCGAAUCACGUGCGAAGGGACAACGUCAGCGUGGCCACCUAGUAUGCCCGCAUUAACUGUGUGCGACUGAGGGUCUUGUGCUAUCAAAUAGCUGUGUUUCUGCCUCUGGAGGUGUAUGUAUAUUUACAAGAUCGACGCACUUCAAGCUCAGAGUUAAUACGCACGUACUACCAGUGGUCUACGAAUCCAUCGUAUCUCAAUGUCUCCAACUCUUCUGGCUGGAAUUAUGUGCAGUAUGCUCAUCAAAAUGCCUCUUAAGCAAGUCAUACGACUCAUUUGUCGUCCACCCAUCCCGACUGACAAGACCUUGCUUCGACUUCCACUAGUCGGCGUCUUCGUUCCAACCUCUCCUGUCGCGGAGAUGCGCUCUAAUUUCCUCCCAUGCAAAAGAUAUAAGACACGUUAUACAAUCGUUGAUCUCAUUCCAAUGCCUGUAAUGACCUCACGUUAGCUCAUACUCAAAACCGAUAAAAGGUAUGGACGUAGGGG